GGAACUGGGGCGGGGGUCCGGGCUCCGGGGGUGUCCCGGGCACAGCCCAGGGCGGGAGCCCCUCCGGUCCUGCCGCUGGUGGAGGCGAAUCCCCCCCAGCCCCAGCUCUGCAGGGUGACCCCCGCCACGGGGUGAUCAUUACCGGGGGUUGGUUAUUAGCGGGCGGGAGAGCUCCCGUCCGUGGGGCCGCUCCUCCCCAUGCGGGCAGGAGCCGGCGCUGGGCCAUGAGCAACGCCACGGCCCCCACGGCCCCGGGCGCGGCGGGGGACUCGCUGGUGGGCUCCGUGCUGGGGCCCUUCCUCCUCCUCACCCUCCUCGGCGCCCUCCUGGCCGCGGUGAUGUACGUCAAGAAGAAGCGCAGGUCCGACCGGCUGCGGCACCGGCUGCUGCCCAUGUACAGCUACGACCCGGCUGAGGAGCCGCCCGAGUCGGAGCAGGAGCUGCUGGUGGAGGCGGAGGAGGCUCAGGUGGUGCCCGGCUGGGGGGGACCCUCGCCCCCUCGGCCCCCGCGCAGGGACUGGAGGGCCUGACUGUACCUGGAGCACCGGGACCGGACCCUGCCCGCGGGAGGGAAGGGAGGACGGUGUCAGCACUGGAACCAUCAGCCAGAACGGGCAGGAUGUGCCCGCGGUGUUGCCACGAUGCCACAACCACUGCCCACACCCCUGAGCACUGACUGGGACUGGACAUCUCCCACCUCAGUGCCGGAUUUUGCCUUUUUUUUUAAUUUUUUUUUUGCUUGAACUGCUCCAGCAGCCCCUUGGAAAGCUCUGGGAGGGCCCACAGGGGCUGGCAGACUGGCAGGGAGCAGCAGGCUCUGCCCGGGGGAAGAUGGGGUGAAUAAACGUGUCUCUGCCUUGGCCCCAA